CAUGCAGCAGCAGCCUGGGCGGCGGCGGCGGCCGUGAAGCGAGGGCCGUGCGCCCCGCGGGCCGGCGCGGGAGGGCGGCGGCGUCUUUGUUGCGGCCGAGCCGCCGCGGCCUUUGUCUGCAGAGGGCGGACGCCACCGAGGCUGGCGGAGGAUGGAGGCCCCGCUGGACGGCGCCGACCUGGUGCCGCUGGACCGCUACGACGCGGCGCGGGCCAAGAUCGCCGCCAACCUGCAGUGGAUCUGCGCCAAGGCGUAUGGCCUAGACAAUAUCCCUGAGGAUCUCCGAGACCCUUUUUACAUCGAUCAGUAUGAACAGGAGCAUAUCAAACCACCCGUCAUCAAACUGCUGCUUUCCAGCGAGCUCUACUGUCGUGUCUGCAGUCUCAUCCUCAAAGGGGACCAGGCGGCUGCCUUGCAAGGACACCAGUCAGUCAUCCAGGCCCUGUCCAGGAAAGGCAUCUAUGUGAUGGAGAGUGACGACACCCCGGUGACGGAUGCUGACCUCGGCCACGCCCCCAUAAAGAUGAGUGCCCACAUGGCGAUGGUGGACGCCCUGAUGAUGGCAUACACUGUGGAGAUGAUCAGCAUCGAGAAGGUGGUGGCCAGUGUCAAGCGCUUUUCCACGUUCAGUGCCUCCAAAGAGCUUCCCUAUGACCUCGAGGAUGCCAUGGUGUUCUGGAUCAACAAGGUGAAUCUUAAAAUGAGAGAGAUAACAGAGAAGGAAAUUAAGUUAAAGCAGCAGUUGCUGGAGAGCCCGGCUCAUCACAAGUCUCCCUCCAAGUGGUAUUGGAAGUUAGUGCCCGUCCGCUAUCGGCGAGAGCACCUUUCCUCCAGGCAGUCACCCUACUUCCCGCUGUUGGAGGACUUGAUGAGAGGCAGCAGUGAUGGCGCUGCUCUCCUGGCAGUGGUGCACUACUAUUGCCCCGAGCAGAUGAGACUGGAUGAUAUAUGCCUGAAGGAGGUGCCGUCCAUGGCCGAUAGCCUGUACAACAUCCGGCUGCUGAGAGAGUUCGCCAACGAGCACCUGAACAAGUGCUUCUACCUCGCGCUGGAGGACAUGCUAUACGCGCCCUUAGUGCUCAAGCCCAACGUUAUGGUUUUUAUUGCUGAGCUCUUCUGGUGGUUUGAGAAUGUUAAACCCGAUUUUGUUCAGCCCCGGGAUGUUCAGGAGCUGAAAGAUUCUAAAACAGUGUUACAGCCGAAGAGCAGCCGGCCCCCUGUGCCUAUCUCCAAUGCCACCAAGCGCAGUUUCCUGGGCAGCCCCGCUUCGAUGAGCCCCGCCGACCUGCCUCCCGCCCCGCUGCCAGCCGAGGGCGGGCAUAGGCACCACCUCCACCCCGAGGAAUCCGAGUGUCUGGGGAAAGGAACGUCUGCAUUUAGCCCAUCCCAUCCUUUACUGCCGUUGAGGCAGAAGCAGCAGAAAGCAGCACAGGCCGAGGAUCUGCCUGAUCAGCGGCAUCGGUCCAAUUCUUUAACCCGAGUUGACAGUCAGCCACGAGGUGCUGCAGUAGCGUGGCCGGAAAAAAAAACCAGGCCUGUGUCCCAGCCAACACCUUUUGUACUGCAUCAUGCCACCAGCUGUGAGGUGGACCCUGGUUCCGGCGACAGCAUCAGCUUGGCCCGCUCUAUCAGCAAAGACAGCCUGGCUUCCAAUAUUGUCCACCUGACGCCCCAGAACCAGGCACACCCCACGGCUGGGAAGGCCAACGGGAAAAGCCUGCUGAGCAAUGUCAGUAUUGAGGAUGAAGAGGAGGAGCUCAUGGCCAUCAUUAGGAUGGAUGUGACUGCCCACCGCGGUGACCCGGAGGUCACCAGGGCCUCACCCCGUGUGCCAGUUCUGCCGACCAGUGCCAAGUCUCCCCAGAGGCAGCUGGAUACUGCAGAGAAUAAGCCUGACAGUUUCUUCCUGGAACCCCUGAUGCCAGCAGUACUGAGGCCAGCAAAAGAGAAGCAGGUUAUCACCAAGGAGGACGAGUAUGGGGAAGGGAGGCCAAGGAGCUCCACAGCCAAGCGGGCCAGUGAGGGCCCCCAGCCACUGGCACGAAAGAAAGUAACUGGUGGUCAUGGUGGGCGGGACUCGAAUAGGACUUUCACCCCCAUCCCCUGUGCAGAGUUUGUGGCCAGUGCAGACUCGGCUGAGGUAUCUCUGCGCUCAUCGGAAGCCCUGGGGGAGGUGCGUGGGGGACCUCUGGCCAUGGGUGGGUUCCAGCCGUCACCCCAGAGCCAGCCUGUAACUGGCUUCUUCCUCCACGUGGGCCGGGCUGACGAGGAUGCAGAGGGGAGGCUGUGCAUUGGCUCCAAGAGCCCUGGCUCCCAGGACUCGGAGCCCUGGACGCUGCUGAGGCAGGACUCUGACUCUGAUGUGGUUGACAUAGAGGACGCAGAGCAGGACUUCAUGGGCGAGGGUCACCCUGCAGUUCUUACUGUGUACACGGGGGAGGAGGAGUCUGCCAAGCUGCAAGAGGACAUGAAGGUGCGGGAGCAUGAGGACAAGGAUGGCGCCAGUGGCCGCUCCAGCCCAUGCCUGAGCACGGCCUCUCAGCUUAGCAGUGUGUCCCUAGCCAGCGGCAGCGUGAAGAUGACCAGCUUCGCAGAGCGGAAGCUGCAGCGGCUCAACAGCUACGAGACCAAGUCCAGCACCAGCAGCUCUCAGAAAACCACUCCAGAUGCAUCAGAGAGCUGCCCCGCGCCCCUGACCACAUGGAGGCAGAAGCGGGAGCAGAGCCCAGGCAGGCAUGGUCGGGAUCCCGCCAGCCUCCUGGCCUCUGAGCUGGUGCAGCUGCACAUGCAGCUGGAGGAGAAGCGCAGGGCCAUUGAGGCCCAGAAAAAGAAGAUGGAGGCGCUGUCCGCUCGGCAACGCCUGAAGCUGGGCAAGGCCGCCUUUCUGCAUGUGGUGAAGAAAGGCAAGGCAGACGGUGCCCCACAGCCACUGCGGCCUGAGCACUUGGCCAAGGAGUACGCACAGCACAAUGGCGAGGACCUGGACGACAGUACUGCCAGAACCGAGCAGGGCAUGGCUCGGGAUGCAGACGGAGAGGGCUUGGCUCUCGUACAGCCUCUCAGGCCCCGAGAGGCAGUCAUGGUGCAUGACGUGGAUAAGAGCAAGGCGAUCUCUGCUGCCCUCCUGGAGGAUGGGGUGGGUGAGGGUGUGGACGUGGCCGAGUGCGAGCUGUCCAUUGAGAAGCUGAGCGAGACCAUCAGCACGCUGCAGCAGGCCAUCCUGAGGAUCUCACAGCAGCAGGAGCAGCUACUCAUGACGUCCCCGGCUGUUCCAGUGCCCAGCUCCAAGACCAGCUCCCAGGACCAGAAGGUGAAGGCUGCCAUCCACUUUGUGGAGCCGCUCUCACCACCCGGGAUGGCUGGUCACCGCAAACCACCUCGGCUGGGCCAGGGCCGGACCUCCCGCUCUGGAAGACCAUCGGAGCUCAAGGUCCCAAAAGACAGGCAGCAGGGAGGCUCCAGGAGCAAAACCCCGACGCCCAGCAUGGAGGGCCUCCCACACCCACGCCCCUUCCCCCCGGGACACUCCCCGAUCACCCCCGACACAGGUGCAGAUAGGGCUGCAGAGUCCAGUGGCCACCCACCUGAGAAAGGGCUCCUCGAUGGUUACCGGCUCCACGACGAGAGCAAUCAGCGGGCAUUCAUUCUGUCCUCGUCCAAAGAUUCCAACGUCAUUGCAGAACAGAUGGGUCUCAGCGAAGUCCUGGACGCCAGCGUGCAAGAGGCAGAGCUGCUCCGCACGAAAGAGGUAGCCUCCACGGAGGAGCCACUGAGGAGCAAGGCCAGCCUCAUCGAGGUGGAUCUGGCCCACCUGAAGGCCCCCGACGAGGAUGGUGAAGUGGCGGGCCCAGACAGCGCAUCGGAGCUCGUCAGCGACGGGGACCAGAAACCUGGGGUCGGCUUCUUCUUCAAGGAUGAGCAAAAGGCAGAAGACGAGCUUGCCAAGAAGCGGGCGGCCUUCCUACUGAAGCAGCAGCGCAAGGCGGAGGAGGCGCGUGUGCGGAAGCAGCAGCUGGAGGCAGAGGUGGAGCUCAAGCGCGACGAGGCCCGGCGUAAAGCUGAGGAAGACCGGAUCCGUAAGGAGGAGGAGAAGGCACGGCGAGAGCUCAUCAAGCAGGAGUACCUACGCAGGAAGCAGCAGCAGAUCCUCGAGGAGCAGGGGCUCAGCAAACCCAAGUCAAAGCCCAAAAAGCCAAGGCCCAAGUCUGCUCACCGUGAGGAAUCAUGCAGCGACUCGGGCACCAAGUGCUCCUCCACCCCUGAUAAUUUGAGCCAGACGCACUCCGGCUCCAGCCUAUCCUUGGCCUCUGCAGCGACCACGGAACCUGAGAGUGUCCACUCGGGGGGUACCCCUUCUCAGCGCGUCGAGUCCUUGGAAGCCCUGCCCAUCCUGAGCCGCAACCCAAGCAGAAGCACGGACCGGGACUGGGAGACGGCAUCAGCAGCGUCCUCCCUGGCUUCGGUGGCCGAGUACACAGGUCCCAAGCUCUUCAAGGAGCCCAGCAGCAAGUCCAACAAGCCGAUCAUCCACAAUGCUGUGUCACACUGCUGCCUGGCUGGGAAGGUGAACGAGCCCCACAAGCACUCAGUCCUGGAGGAGCUGGAGAAGUGUGAUGCCAACCACUACAUCAUCCUGUUCCGCGAUGCUGGCUGCCAGUUCCGGGCUCUGUACUGCUACUACCCUGACACCGAGGAGAUCUAUAAGCUCACCGGCACGGGGCCCAAGAGCAUUACCAAGAAGAUGAUCGACAAGCUCUACAAGUACAGCUCGGACCGGAAGCAGUUUAACCUGAUCCCCGCCAAGACCAUGUCCGUCAGCGUGGACGCACUCACCAUCCACAACCACCUGUGGCAGCCCAAGCGGCCCCUGGUGCCAAAGAAGACCCAGACUCGGAAGUAAGCCGGCACUGCGUCCUGGACGCCUGCCGGCGGGGUCCUUAUUUAUUCUUUUGUCCACUCGGUACGAAGCGUGCGGGACGCAGACCUGUUCUGAGCCUCUGGCGACACAUGCAGCCCCGUUGGAGGUGUGGACACCAUGUCCAGGCUGCGCUGCCAUGGCCCCGCUAACCUCUGGGUCAGAUCUCUGAUGCAGGUACCCGUGAGCAGGACCCCGGCCACGUGGCUCCCUCCCCUGAAGCUCCAGGAUGAGGCUGUGCCACCCACCUGCACCUGGCCUCCCCACUCCCUUUGCACACGGCCCGAGCCUCGCGCUGGCCAGCGGGGUCGCCAGGGCUGGGGUAGAGGCACCCUCCGGUCGGGCGUCUGAAUGUCUUCAUAAAAAGAGUUCGUAUGGGAAAUCUUUUUCAUUUGCGAAAUUAUAUGAUAUUUAUUGAUCGUGUCUACUGCCAACUUUUAUAUCUAGUUCUAAGAUUUCCGAAAACACCUUGUUCCUUGCUGCUCAGAGAAAGUUUACUGAAAACACCGGUUCGCACUGAAAAGCACUGAAAUGGGCAAAGUCCGUCUUCUGCUAAAAUAACGUUUACACGUGAGAAGCGAUGCUUCACCUGAGGCCGCGAGGACAAAAACAGCACAGCAGCAGUGCUGGGCAGCCUGCGGCCAUGUGUUCACUUUAAUGAAGGCAGUGAGGGCACAAGAGCGUCCACCGCGCUCGCCGCCCACCUGCACACUCUAUUUCUGGGGGCAGCGGGCGUUCCGGCUUGGGGUUGCUGCAGGGCGGCUGGGGACCGGGGUCACCCAGAUUUGGAGGCCAUUCCUUGGCGGUUCCUGGGUGUGUCUGUGGGUCCUUCCAGCUGGUCCCGUGGGUGCCCGGUGUGCCUGUGAGGCAGACUCCCAGGAGCGGGUGGGCCCUGACUGCCAGGCUGGUGCUCACAGGGUGGGCCAGCUGCUGCCUGCUAUGUGUCACUCUGGGCGUGCUGCCGGAUUGGCCCUGCGCUGCACCUGUUGGGUGGCAUGUGACUGUCAUGUGACGCUGGGCAGCAAGGCGGGAAGGAAGUGCAGUCUGUUGCCAGUGUCCUGGGCAGGCACGGCUGUGCCGUGACUGAAUCCCGACCCCGAGGCUGCAUGGUCUCCUGUGCUGACCAUUAAAGUCCGUGAGCGUGUCACCUCCUUUCCACAUGUGUGCUUCAUUUCCCCUCUGUGCCUGGACAUCGCCGUAUUGAUGCAGCAGGGCACCGAGAGGUCACCAGCGAGCCAGCACGCAUGCGUCCGGCACGUGGGUAUCAGGUGUGUGUUCCCGUGAGUGUCACUGGGCUCUGUUGGCAUCUAAGGAGCUUGAGGUCGCGUGGAGCCAGGCUCCAGGUGCAGUGCACGGUGGCUGUGGCCUCCUGUGGCUGCAGCGAUGUCGGUCCGGCCCCACACAGGUCCAGGCUGGGCAGACCAAGACCACGUCACCCGUGGCUGAGGGCCAUUUUCCUGCUCUACCCUCCCCCCACUCCUGAGGUCCUGGGGGUGAACCUCAGGCCUGGUGCAUGCCAAGCAAGCUAUACUCCGGCCCUUUAAAAUGUUUUUAUUUUGAGAUAGGGACUUGCUGAAUUGCCCAGGCUGGCCUCAAACAUGGGAUCUACCUGCCUCAGCCUCAGCCUCACUGGUCGCUGGGCUCCUGGGCCUGCUCCCUGUGCCCCUGGUGUGUCCUUCUGACCUCUGUCAUGGUGGGACUGUGGAGCGGUCUCUCCUAGGACUCUACCAGCCCAAGCUGUGUUCUCCACUCAGGCAGUGCUGGGAAGUGAGAGACACACUAGUCACGUCUAGAUUAUGAUUUUAGCCCUAAAAUUGUAAUUGUUAUUUGGAGGAAAAAGUAUUUAUUGAAAUAAAAUUUUCUGUUAAGUUGGGUAA